AUGGCCUCGACAGCUGCUGACGCCCAGCCUCGCUCGUGCGCUUCCAGUCUCGGGGCCCGGCGCUUUGACCCUGCUACUACGUUGAUGCACCCUGCACUUUUGGCCCAUGCCGGCGCGCAGGUGGACUGGCAUCAUGUCCUUGCCCAAUUACAGCCUUCGAGCCUUCCCAGCGCUCACGCGGCUCCUGUGCCUGAAAAAGAAGCCCCCGCGCAAGACCAGAGCAGGCCUGCUGCCACGGGUGCCGAGAAUGAGAAAAUGGACGAAAGUCUCGACCUGGCCGAUUCCAUCGCUGCGGCGUCAUCAGGUGUUGAAACGCACAACCUGGCAUCGGCAUCUCAGCCGUCCGCCCCAACGCAUGACUCGCUGGCGGCCCAGCUGAAGGCCCUGUUUCAACCGCGCGAGCCCGCGGCGCUCGACGGAGAUAUCGAGUCCGAGCUAACAGACCUGCUGAGUCGGUUUAGUCCUUCAUUGGCUCUUGCCGUGCGCAAUGCCCUCUACUGUGCGCACUGUGACCUGGCAGCCGUUACUCAGCUACCCCCGUACACAAUUCUCCAAACCGACGAUGAACAAAGCCAGGGCGAGCGGCCACCCAAAAUGCCCAAGCUUCUGCCCUCUGCCAUGAUUGAGAUCCCAGCCGAUCUACCUCUCCCUUAUGAAAUUGGUGCGGGUCAAACACUCGAUGGGCGCCGAGCCAUUAUUGUAGCCUCGGACGAGGAGAGGAGAGCGCGCUACCGCGACGAGCUGCUGAUGAUCGUCAAACACUUGGUUAACUUUAGUCCAUUCUCGCAGCCAUUUCUCGAACCGGUUGAUCCCUCGGUGGCACCACAGUAUGCUGAGGUGAUAUCCUCACCCAUGGACCUUGGUACCCUUCGAAGUCGCGUGCUCAGCGGUCACUACGACGCAGAUCGGGAUGGCAAGGCCUUUAUGACCGACUUGCGGCUCAUUUUUACCAACUGCCGGCAAUACAAUCAGUCCUCGGGUGCCGAAUACGUUGCGGCUGCGGACAAGCUCGAGGGCCUGGCCAACCUACUUGAAACACUCAUUCCUCGGAUCUGGGUUAUCGAUCAGCUGCAGGCGCAACGUCCCCUCGCAAUUCUGCACAGUGUUGGCCGCGGCCGGAUUGCAGUACCAUCGCCAGCACCGCAGCGCGCGAUAUCAGCGCCAUCCUCGCGCAUGCCGCAUGAAUUAUCCUUGUCCCUACACAAUCCGGUUAUUCAACAACUGUACCUUGAACACACGUUGGUCUCUGCUGAGUCACGCGCACUACGUGAUCCGAAAUCCAUGGGGGAUGAUGCCAUCACGGCGCCUCUGCACCCCGCGCUGCAACAGCAGCUCAAUCGCUUCAACCGUCGGGCAGAGGCGCUGGGGCCGCUGGUGGAGGGAGCACACUACGACCCACCGCCGACCAUGACUGAGCCAAGCCCUUGCCUGGAUCAUCGCGGCGUCAGACAACAAGUGACCCGUGUCGCAUCGAUUCUGACAGCUCACGCGGGCUGGAAUGGCGUUGAGCAGGUUACGCUCAACACCCUUGCUGCGGGUGCUGAACGCUAUCUGGAGCAACUGUGCCGGCGCACUGCACAAAUUCGAGACCAUACUUUCUCGUCUGAGAGCCUCAAGGUUGGAAAAUUCUUGGUGUCUAUCAAUAUGUCAACUGUCUUCGUUACCAGCAAGGGGCGUGUGUGCGCCACUGCAUGUCAGCACCAAGAUCUAGGGGGGCUGGCGGGCAUUCAGCGGUAUCAUGCUUGGCUUCGACAUCGAGGCUUGGUUGUGCGAUGCGCAUUGUCGCGCGUGCACGAUCGCUACAGCAAAGGCCAGAAUACGCCUGACGACGGUACUCCGGCGGAUAAUGACAUUGCAUUGCUGACGGGUGACUUUGGCGUGUCCGACUUGGGCCUGAAUAUUUUGGGCUUGAUGCAAGACGACGCCAUUCAAGAUGUUACGGUGCCAGACCGCUUGGUCGAGGCUUUACGUGGGGAUUUCGACUUUUCUCGCCCUUACAAGCCUGAUCCCAGUGUGCCUGCUAGCACCCCGAAUAAACCGGCUACAGAUGCUACAGCGGCUACAGCGGCAGUGGCACCUGGGCCGGCCUCGAGCUCCACUGCUGUUUCCACGGCUCAUGACGUGCGUGCAGAAAAGUCGAUCAAAACUCAGGCUGCGUCGAUGGACAUGGACCUGGACUUUGAUUUGGAUUUGGAUUUGGACUUUGCCCAUGCCGUGAGCCAGAGUGGUGCACACGGCCAAGCACGAGCUCAUGAAUCAGAGGUUCCGCCACCAACAAUUGGCACCCAACCAGCGUCACCAACAAAGGCAGCCUCAGUGCACAGCUCUGGUCUAACGGCCCAUGAGGCGCCCUCUGUUCAAGGCCAGCCCAAUAUAGACACGGCAUCUGCAUCUGGUCCAGCGGUUCGAUCUCGACGUGAAAGUACGGAUGCGACCAAUUCAGCACCCGGCCAGACGUCUUCCAAAACAGGCGAGUCCGAGAGCGACACGUCUCAAGCACUUGAGGCCCAGCCCACGUCCACUGCUCCCUUGAAGGCGAACGGUGAAGUCAAGCCCGAGGAGCCGACCUCCAAGUUGUCAUCGCUGAGUGAGGUCGAUGGAGAGAAGCUGUCAGGUGAUGGCCAUGACCAGCCCGUUGAAAGCAAGUUGGAGGAGAUCAA